AUGUACUACAACAGCUACUUCGACGACCCGCACUACGAGUUCGGGCUCGGGCGGGAGCCCUUCGUGCGCUCCGGCUGUCCCAUCGACACCUGCGAGGUGGUGCAGGACGCGCCCCACGGCGAGGUGGACGCCGUCAUCUUCCACCUGUGGAACCUGGGCCGCGGCGAGGCGAGGCUGAAGGCGCUCGAGGCCCAGAGGCGGCCGCACCAGAGGUACGUGUUCUUCCUGAUGGAGGCGCCCGGCGUCUACCUGUCGGACCUGCGGCAGUUCCGCGACUUCUUCAACUGGACCAUGAGCUACCGCGCGGACUCGGACGUGUUCCGGCCGUACGGCGAGCUGGAGCCGCUGGCCGGCGGCAGCAGGCGGCUCGACGCGCCCUGGGAACUGCCCGGCAACUCGACGGCGGGCCCGGCGCCGGCGGGCAAGACGGGGCUGGUGGCGUGGCUCGUGUCCAAGUGCCGCACGCCCAGCCAGAGGGAGGUCUACGCGCGCGAGCUCGCCAAGCACGUGCAAGUGGACGUGUACGGCCGCUGCGGGCCGCUCAGCUGCGCCGGCCGCAUGUCGGAGGAGUGCUACGAGAUGCUGGACCGCAAGUACAAGUUCUACCUGUCGUUCGAGAACUCGCUGUGCCGCGACUACGUGACGGAGAAGCUGUUCCGCGUGCUGCGGCACCGCGUGGUCCCGGUGGUGUACGGCGGCGCAGACUACUCGCGGUUCGCGCCGCCGGGCUCCUACAUCGACGUGCGCGACUUCGCGAGCCCGCGGGACCUGGCCGAGCGCCUCAAGAGCCUGGCCGCCAGCCCGCGCGAGUACGAGCGCUUCUUCCGCUGGAAGCAGCGGUACCGCGUGAGCGUGACGCCCAUGCCGCGGGCCAUGUGCCGGCUGUGCGCGAUGCUGCACGACCCGGCGCUGCCGCCCAAGAGCUACGGCGACCUGCAGGAGUGGUACAGCGGCGCGGGCGUCUGCCACGCCGCCUCGGCGCACUGGCGCGGCUCGUCCUGA